AUGGGUGACAUGGCGGAUCUAAUGGUCGGCGAUGCUGAUCUGGACGGAUUCUCCGACGACGAGCUUGACGUGGACGAAUUGGAACGUCGCAUGUGGAAGGACCGCCUCAAGCUGAAGCGGAUUAAAGACUGCCAGAAGAUUAAGGAUGCUCCAGAGGCUCAGGAGAAUAAGGAGGAUGACGACGAGGAGGAGGAGGAGUUUAAGCCGCGCCAGAAGCAGUCGCAGCAGGAUCAAGCUCGCCGGAAAAAGAUGUCGCGCGCGCACGACGGGAUUCUGAAGUAUAUGCUGAAGAUGAUGGAAGUCUGCAAGGCCCAGGGUUUCGUGUACGGGAUAAUCCCGGAGAAAGGCAAGCCGGUAGGCGGAAGCUCCGACAACCUGCGCGCGUGGUGGAAGGAUCAGGUGCGCUUCGACCGCAACGGGCCGGCCGCCAUCGCCCGCUACAACGCGGAGCAGGCUGUAGCGGCCGGCAAGAAGGACCACCAGCCGGCAGGCCUGCUACAGCUGACCACGCCGAGCACGCUACAGGAGCUACAGGACACGACACUCGGGUCGCUGCUAUCCGCGUUAAUGCAACACUGCGAUCCGCCGCAGCGGAGAUACCCGCUGGAAAAAGGGAACCCGCCGCCGUGGUGGCCGAGCGGGGACGAGGAUUGGUGGCCGCAGCUGGGGAUGCCACGUGGCAGCGGUCGUCCUCCUUAUAAGAAGCCGCACGAUUUGAAGAAGGCGUGGAAGGUCGGUGUGCUGACGUCGGUGAUUAAGCACUUGUCGCCGGAUAUCGCACGGAUUCGCAAGCUCGUGCGACAAAGCAAGUGCCUGCAGGAUAAGAUGACGGCGCGGGAGAGUGCCACGUGGCUCGCUGUGCUGGAUCAGGAGGAGGCGUCGCUGCUGCACGCGCAGGGGAAGCCGCUUCCGCCCGGCGCGGCGGAAUACGACCCCUUCCGCGUCGACCUUCCGCCCUUAAUCUCCGCGAACGGCGGCGUGGGAUGCGGCGACUAUCUCGCCGGAGCGCUGCAGGCACUUCAGCAGCAGCAGCAGCAGCGGAGCGCUGCAGCGGAAGGAGCGGCGGCUGGAAAAAACCCCGCUGCGGGCGCCGUCGGCGUCGGCGGAAAGCCCGCCGCCGCCAUGAAAGCCGAGCCGCAGUCGUGGAUGCCGGCGGUGACGAAUCACAUCCAAGCAAAUCUCGCCGCUACUGACACGGCUGCGGGUCAGGCGCCGGGGAAUGCGGAAAAGCUGUUAAUUCUAGGGGACGGCGGUGAUGCUACUGCCGGGAAUCCCGGAGGCGAUGAUGACGUGGCGCCGCCGAUUGAGGCGGUGCUCGCGGGGGUUGAGAUGCUGCCCGAGCAUAGAGUUUUCAUGUGCCCGUUCGACCGCUGCCCGCGGCACUUGUGGCGCAACGCGUUUUCGGACCGCGCCUCGCGAAACCUGCACCAAGCGAGCUGCGCGUUCCGCCCUACCGGCAAGGGAGAGGGGGAUUCCGCCGGCUCCGCGGGAGCCAGCGGCGGCGCAAGCGGCGGAAAGACUGGUGCUGCUGGGGGGGAUUCGCGCGCUGAUGUUGGCGGAAACGCACCUGCAGCCCCCCCUGCAAAAAUUGCUGCUGCUGCUUCUGCUGCUGCUGCUGCCACAGCUACAGCCGCCGCAACUGCUACAGCCGGAGCUCCGAAGAAGGCAACGGCUGGAGGCCCGUCUGCUCCUGCCACGUCAGCAAUAUCUUCCGCUCCUCCAACCGCGGCCGCGAAAGCAUCAGGCGGAAGCGGCAAGGCAAGAAACGCCGCCGCUGCUGGUGGUAACCCUUCCUCGGCUUCCACCAUGUUCGCAGGAAGCUUCGUCCCGCACAUGCCACGUCAGCAUCCAUGCGGGCCCGACGGUGUGGCGCCUUUCCUGCCGCCGCACCACCUGCGCCACGCGUCCCUGCUCAGGCAGGGAAGCUUCCCGGGAGAUACCUACCACCCGGGGGGUCCCGGAAAUAUGAUGGGCAUGGGCGCGGGGAACAUGAUGGGGGGAAUUCCCGCGCCUCAUCCGCCAAUCAUGGGCCCUCCCCCUCCUGCUCCGCCGCUCCCGUAUCCCGCGGCGCUGGGCCUGCCAGCUCACACACCUGGGUAUGCUGACGUGUACGGGGGUAUGCAGAGGAGCGAAACGAGGGCAGCAGCAACGCUCGCUCUGCUUCCCGAAAUCCCUUGGCUCGAGUCACUGCCGCGUCUCUCCCUCCCUUCCGCCGCAACUUCAGUGAUCAGAACCUCCCUUUGUGCGCGAUUUCUGGCGGCGUAG